GGAGGAGGACUUGGAGACGGGCCCCGGGUGAGAAGCAGAUAGACGUGAGAGCUAACACCGCUUGCCACGCUCCGAGACUUUUUCCACACAACAGUGGGAAAGCCUUGAAGGAGACUCCUGUUACCCUUUCAUAAUUUCAGCUUUGCCCGCCUAUAAGUUCCCGUCGCGGUGUAUGUCCCGCCAGAACUUUUUUUUACGGGAAUCGGACACUGUUUAACGGUGUUUCGUUCGAGCUCUUCUGGAUAUUCGAUCGUCUGUGUUUUUUUUCUUACUCCUUUUUUUGCUGCGUUCGAAUUCCCUGAACUUCGGAGACGUUUUAAGGCAGUGAUCGUGGAGUGGACUAGCGAGAGACCAGUGGAGAGUACUUUUUAAACUUAGAAAUGUAGAACUCUUUCGGUUUACGCCUUCAAGAACGCCUUAGCUGGAGUGACGUGUGCAUACUGAAAAAACACUCAUGAAAACGGAAAGGGGACUUGUGGACGUUGCUCAAGAACUGAAUGAAAUGAAAUUUUCGUGGACGCCACCGGCCGCCAGGAACACAUAAGCUGUGUUGGAUUCUUGGAACGAGCAUCGCUCAUCAGAACAAAAAAAAUCCGACAGAUUAUCGGAACAGAUUGGCCGUGCAGUUGGGCAGUCACCAGCACGACCACCACCACCACCACCGCCGCCGCCGCUUAGCCUCGAAUUCGCAAGGACGCGCCAUGAGCUAUCACCUUCACGCGCUGCUGCUGGUGCUGUGCUGCAUUCACCUGCACGCUGUCAAUGCUAAAGGCCCCCCGCGGGUGUCCGAGCGGGUGAGCGAACGCGUGCUGGCACGGGUGGGGCGCACGCUCAAGCUGUCGUGCCCCGUGGAGGGCGACCCACCGCCCCUCAUCAUGUGGAGCAAGGACGGGCGCAACAUCCACAGCGGCUGGAUGCGCUACCGCGUGCUGCGCGACGGCCUGCGAGUCACGGAGCUGGAGCCUGACGACGCCGGCGUCUUCACCUGCCAGGCCACCAAUGGUUUCGGCAGCGUCACCAUCAACUACUCGCUCGCCGUCAUCGAGGAGGGAAGCACAGGGAGUAGCGGUGCGUUGCGAACAUCGGUGAUCAAUGCCAGGACCGGGGAAGACGGCCACUUGGGCAAAGCCGGCAUGAAGCCGCGGUUCACGCAGCCGGCCAAGAUGCGGCGGCGCGUGAUCGCGAGGCCCGUCGGCAGCUCCGUUCGCCUCAAGUGCAACGCGGGCGGCAGCCCCCGGCCGGACGUCGUCUGGUUCAAGGACGAGCACGUGUUCGGCGACGCCGGGCCGUCGCCCACCGCGGCUCCUCUGGCGCUGGACGUGAGGGCGGCCGCUCGCGGCGACGGCGACGGGAUGCCUCCCGACCUCCGGAAGGCACAAGGCAAAAAGAGGUGGACGCUGAUCCUGCGGAGCCUGAGGCCAGAGGACGCGGGGCGCUACACGUGCCGCGUGUCCAACCGGUUCGGGGAAAUCAGCGCCACCUACAAGAUCGAUGUUAUCGAGCGGAUGCGCUCCAAGCCGGUGCUGACGGGCACGCACCCCGUCAACACCACGGUGGACUUUGGCGGCUCGACCUCGCUCCAGUGCAAGGUGCGCAGCGACGUGAAGCCCGUCAUCCAGUGGCUGAAGCGCGUGGAGCCGGGCGGCGUGCACGGACUCAACUCCACCAUCGACGUCCGCGGCCAACGCUUCGCCGUGCUGCCCACGGGCGAGGUGUGGUCGCGUCCGGACGGCUCCUACCUCAACAAGCUGGUGAUCGUGAGGGCGCGGGCCGAGGACGCCGGCAUGUACAUCUGCCUGGGCGCCAACAGCAUGGGCUACAGCUUCCGCAGCGCCUUCCUCACCGUGCAGUCCGAUCCCACCAAGAUGAAGAGAGAGCCCUUACCAACUGCGAGCUCCCUGCCCUGGCCGGCCAUCGUGGGUAUACCCACCGGUGUCUGCUUGCUCUUGGCCAUGGCGACAUUCUGGCUUUGCCGGCAUCACAACCGAUGUCGGCUGUGCCGACCUUCAUCACCCGCCGGACAAGGGGCGCCAUUGCCUGGGUCACCUGACGCCCAGCGUUUUCACCAGCAAGCUCUGCCUCACCUACAGCAACUGCAGCAACACCAUCAGCAGCAGCAGCAACAACAACAACAGCAGCAGCUGCAGUAUGGCCACAUCAACGGCAAGCGCGGUGGGGAGCGUACAGCCUCGGCUCAGGCCACGCUGUCCGAGAAGGAGGGCAGCUCGCUGGCGGGAGUCCCCGAGGAGUGCGCGCUGCCCACGGCCGCUGGCAUCGCGCAGACACCGCGGACUUUCUCGCCGUCAAAGUUCUACCACAUGGACGUGCACAGCCACUACCACGCACACGCGGAGGGCAAAGUGCAAGAGCACCAGUACGUGCACUACAAGUGUUAGCGAGGGGGGGGGGGCCCCGUUCCUUCUCCAGCUCCGCACCAGAGCUGUUUGUCGUUUGGCUUUGUAUAGAGGGCGGAAGGAGAGAGACGUGAAGGCAGGUCCCAUCAGUCUAGACCUUUUGCCCGGGGGGGGGGGGGGGUGGCGGAAUUUCACUGCAUCUCAUGUUGCCGAGUCAACAUUACGUAGCAACCCACGGUGGUAAGGCCUGGCAAACGUCUUUCCUUUAGAGCACCACUGGGGCGAAACCAAGGAAUGCACAACGUUCUGCUUGAGCAGGCCAGAGACACAGCCUGCGACUCACGGGCACCCGGGGGUGAAGUCUCGCAAGACUUGCCUGCCCCCUCCCACAUGUGGACAAGGGUCGACCCGCGAUUUGGGCAGCUAAUGAGUAACACUCGUAAGCGAAUGCUGCGGUCAGAUUGAAGAUAAACAAAGCUAAUUAAAGGAAUGGCUAAACAUUUGCCGAAAUCUUAUUUAACGUGCAAGCGACAUGUGCCUCGCAAAGACUUGAGUAUCGGUCAGGUGUUAAUCUUCGUUCGCCAUUAGUACCCUCGGAAAAUUACAUGCAUUUUUUUUACUCUCCAUUUAAAACUUUAGUUCUGAGGAAACAUAAUCAAAGGACUUUUGUAUUGCAGGAACAUAUAUUUGUAAACAGAGUUAUACAUCUAACUAAAUUAAAGAUUGUCUGCAAUGUUUUUUAUAUGUUAUUGGAAUUUUUAUUUGAUACAAAUCACAGGAAAAGGGUAGUAAUUUUAAAACAAUCUCUUAAGUCAUAUAUAGAUGGCCAUUUAAAGUAGUUUGUAGGAUUAGAGCAUAUGUGUGACCUGUUACUAGCAUGGUUACCAUCAUUACAAUUCAUAUGUGCAUAAAUAUAUUACUGCCUGAUUAAAAAUACAGAUUCUAGUUAGUAUUAACGUUAUCAAAUGAAACAUACAUUUGCAAAAAAAAUAGCUUUAGGGUUAUCAAAUGUCACCUUUUUAAAGUGACAAUGCCCUUUUUAUUUGUUUUAUAACAAGUAACAUCGUCCACGGUAUUUUUUUCAACACUUGUCACGUGUUGAAAUGAAGAGAGAAAUAUAUGGAAAUCAAAUUGUAUAGAAACGAG